UCCUCAAAUCACAACAACUUUUAAAUGUGAUCCGGCUGAAAUUGCUUGUAAAUCCCACUCUAAAAUGGUUAAAAUAAAGAAGAAGGAAGCCAAAAAGGAGGCCAAAAAGAAGCCUUUGACCCGCAAGGAGCAGCGAAAGCAAAAGACAGAGCUCAAAAAGCAGAAUAAACGUCUCUAUCACGCCGGCAAAACUAACGGUUCACAGCGCGUGGCGGCGGCGGCAGAGGCGUUGGCAGCGCAGUCACAGCAGGGGCAGAACAAGAAAAAGAAGAAAAAGGGCAAAAAACCUGCGAAAAAUAUUAUUGUAAAUCCCGAUGAAAUUCCCAAGGAGCAACUUUUAUCGGGGGAAGUGGCCAGCGAUGAUGACGAGUCCAUCGAUUCGGAUUUCAGUGAUCCCGAGGUGGAUGCCCUGCUGCCCAAGAGGCUGAAAGUGGAGGUUUACCAACCUCUGCAAGGGAAAAAGGAGGGGAAAAUCCAAGGAGGAGCCAUCCAAAGGCCAAAGGAUGAGGAGGCUGCCAGGAGAAAGGAACUCCGCCAGCAGCGGGAACUGGAGUCCAAGUCCAAGAAGCAGCGAUUGAAGCAGUUGCGCCUGGAGAACGAGGAGGAGGAUCGCGAGAUCAACAAGCUGGAGAAGAAACUGAAGCUCAAUAAAUCCAAGGAUAAGAAUCGUUUGGUCAGGAAAAUGUUCAACGAUGGCUUGGAUUACCUGCUGGACUUUGUCCUCGACGACGACGAGGAGAAGGCCAAGUGGGAGGAGAAGCAGGAGCGCAAGAAGCAACUGAAGGAGCAGCAGGCGAGGGAGGAGGCGGGCAUGUGGAGCGAUGAGGAGGAGGAGGAGCACCAGGAUGACUUCCCGGAGGAGGAUAGUGGCUCGGAGGAGGGUUUGGAUGAUGAGGAACUUAGUGGAGACGAAGAACAAAGCGAGGAGGAGUCGGAAGAGGAGGAGAAGGCACCUAAAGUCAAAGAAGACAUCUACGGACGCAAACGCGAUGCCGAGGGCAACAUCCUGCCCGAUCCUUUAGAGCAGGAAGCCUCUGCGGCUGGCCAAAAGUACAUACCUCCCCACCAGCGAGCUCUUUUGGCCGCCAGUGCGGGUUCCAGUGAAAAGCAGGCCGAGAUUCUGGCCCGCCUGCUCAAGCAAUGCAAAGGUCUGCUCAAUCGCUUGUCCGAGGCGAAUCUGCACAAGAUUGCCGCUGGCAUAGAGGCGCUCUACAUGAAGAAUUCCCGGUUUAACAUGAAUGAAACGUUGACGAAGUUACUUCAGGAAGCUUUGCUGGGCAGCACACGAACCAACGAGCGAAUGGUGCAGGAGCACAUGGUUUUAUUAGCCUAUUUGCAUGCCCAAAUAGGCAGCGAGAUUGGUGCACAUUUCCUACAGACUUUCAUAGAGCUUUUCGAUGGUUAUGUGAAAGAUAUUCUGAACCUCGAAGUGGAGGAUAAGCAGCUGAAUAACUUAGUCCUUGUCCUCUGCUACAUGUACCUCUUCAAGAUCUACGAAUUGAGUUUGCUAAUGGAACUGAUAGGCAGGCUAGCCGAUCAGCUUUGCGAGAAGAGCGUGGAGUGUCUUCUACUGAUCUUCCAAUCAAUUGGUUUCCGCCUGCGCAAGGAUGAUCCCCUCGCUUUCAAGACCAUGAUGAAUAGAGUUCAAUCCCAAAUUGCCUCUGCUCCUUUGGAACUGAAAGAGAAUCCCCGCCUGCGUUUCAUGGUGGAUAUACUAAAUGCUGUGAAGAACAACAACAUGCAAAAGCUGCCCCAAUAUGAUCCUGAAUUAGCAGAGAAUCUGCGAAAGCGUUUAAAGGCCAUGCUGAAAAACGAUCGCUAUGUGGUUACGCUAAACAUAACCCUCGAGGAUCUUUUGCGCGCGGAUAAAGUGGGCAAAUGGUGGAUCGUUGGCUCCGCCUGGACGGGAAAUCUCGACGAAAUGGGUUCAGCCAAGCAAACAAAGGAUAAGAACUCCAAAUCGAAGUCAGAAAAUGGAGGCUUUGCCGAUCAGCUACUCGAGUUGGCCCGAAAGCAGCAGAUGAACACGGCCGAAAGGAGAAAUAUCUUCUGCAUUAUCAUGAGUGCCGCCGAUUAUGUAGAUGCCUUCGAGAAGAUCCUGCACUUGGCUCUCAAAGAUCAGCGGGCGGUGGCCUAUGUGAUCAUCCAUUGCGCACUGAACGAGAAGCGUGCGAAUCCCUAUUACGCUCACUUGGCCCUCAAAUUCUGUCAGUUUAACAGAAAGUAUCAGCUGGCCUUUCAGUUCGCCAGUUGGGAUAGGAUUAACGAUAUCGAAAAGCUAACCAGGCCGCAAAUUCGCAACUUGGCCAGCUUCCUGCAACAAGUUAUCCUUGCCGCUGGUUUGCAGCUUUCUGUAUUAAAAGUGGUGGACUUUAUGCAGCUGGACAAGCUGAGUUUCUACUUCAUGAAGGAGGUGAUGGUUCGGUUGCUUCUGUCGCCCGACGAGCGGGAAGUCUAUCAGACCUUCGAACGGGUGGCUAAGAACACCAAGUUGCAGCAGUUUAAGCAGAGCAUUCGGCUCUUCCUGCAGCACUUCCUCCUGCAGGGCGACCAACUGCAGAAGCUGAAGCUCAAGGAGGAGGAGCAACAGCUGCUGCAGCAGCGCGUGGAUCACCUGGACAAGCUGCUCGCCUAUGUGGAUCUGUAGAUAUAGGUAGUUUAUAAAAUAAACUUGUACUUUAAGAGUAAAAUAUACUUUUUGUAUGUUGAAAA